CUACCUGAAAUUCUGCUCCUUUUCAGGGACAAGAUGCCAUGGGGUGCCAUAUAAUGGCAGUGGUUUGUGUGUGUUUGGGAGCAUGUCAGUUUUUGUUGGUGGCCCGAAAAUUGCCUCCCAGCAGCUCCCUUUGCACGGGCAGUUAAAGUGCAGUCCUACACAUGUUAACCCUUUUUAAAAAGCUCAGCAAUACCUGCCCUUCAGGGGCUGUUACGGCUGGCUGGAAGUUGUAGGACCUCUUCUGGUCCAAACGUGUAGGAUUUCACACUAAGGAAGCCAUAUUUCCUCUUCUCACAUCAUUCUUCUUAACCAGGAUGUUUAAAAUGCUGUUCUGAUUUCCAUUCACUUACUGCUCUGUUAGGAUUUAGUAGUGCUGUAGAAUAUGGUACUGUUGUAAAAAGUGUCUUGUAAAACUUGCCUAAUUUCAUGUUUGCUGCGCUAGGGUAUACUCAUAAGUAAGAGUGCAGAUCUCCAUAUGAAAAACAGCACAGGAACCCCCGUCAAAAAACCUUUUAUACGGAACCAGAGUUUUGUCAGCUAGUUAUCAAAGCUCUGUGAUCUGCUGAAAGAGGUGGGGUUACUGCACUUUUCCACCUCCUUGAGCACCUGGAGUCCUGUGAAUAGGUGGAAAAGUUAGGGGCCCUGGGACCUGCCAAGGCAGCCCAAACCGCCUGGGAGGCUUCAUGUCCCUUUACCCUUCUUCACCAAGGGGAACAGUAAGCAACACGUUUACGCGUGUGUGGGAUCUAACAAGAAUAGCAGUGCGAUCGUAAACUACGUUUAAUCAAAAGCAAAUCCUAUUGAAUUCAGUGGAUUGUAGUCCCCAUAAAGGCACAGUCCUGGGCGUACUUAGAAAAAAGAGUGUUAAACUGAAGGAUAUGAUUAAAUGUGAGCUGGGCUUGGAAAAAACCACUUCCAGCAGUGGGGUGUGGUGCUCGUUGUCUAGAAAGCAAUCCCCACCCGCCUUCCACGCAUAACCAAAUUGGCAUGCAAAUGUUCAACAAACAGGCGAAGGACUGGUCUACUCCUAGGAGGCCAUUUCUUGCUAGCAACUGCUCCUCUCCUGUGUGCCUAGCAUCCUUGGGAGUUAAAUUUGUUUUGAGAGAGAACCUUCUCGGGGGAUUCCAUACUGGGGCAGAGAGUCCAUUGCCAUGGCGGGAACCGUGAAGGGAGCUUCCAACUUCAACGCUGAUGCAGAUGCCCAGAAACUCCGCCAGGCCAUGAAAGGACUGGGCACAGAUGAAGAUGCCAUCAUUGAGGUCUUGGUCAACAGGAACUUGGCCCAGCGGCAGGAAAUAAAAAUAAGAUACAAGUCCACAAUUGGCCGGGAUUUGAUCAGUGACUUGAAAUCUGAGCUGAGUGGCAACUUUGAGAAGGUGAUUAUUGGACUGAUGACCCCUGUCACCCUGUAUGAUGUGGAGGAGCUACACAGAGCCAUCAAGGGUGCUGGCACCGAUGAGGGCUGCCUGAUAGAAAUCCUCGCUUCUCGCACCAAUGAGGAAAUCCGACGGAUUAACGAAACCUACCGGCAACAGUAUGGCAGCAGCCUCGAGGACGACAUCGUCUCGGACACCUCCUCCAUGUUCCGGAGAGUCCUGGUCUCCCUGUCGACAGGCAACCGCGAUGAGAGCCACCAUGUGAAUGAGGGCCAGGUUCAGCAGGACGCUCAGGCCCUGUAUGAAGCCGGGGAGAAGAGAUGGGGGACGGACGAGGCCCAGUUCAUGGGCAUCCUGUGCACAAGGAACAGGCACCACCUACUAAGGGUCUUUGAUGAGUACAAGAGCAUCAGUGGCAAGGACAUUAUGGAGAGCAUUAAAUCAGAGAUGUCAGGAGAUCUGGAGGAUGCUUUGCUGGCCAUAGUAAAAUGCAUGAGAAGUAAGAGCGGCUACUUUGCUGAAAGACUGUACAAAUCCAUGAAGGGCUUCGGGACAGAUGACGCCACACUGAUUCGAAUCAUGGUGUCACGCUGUGAAAUCGACAUGAUCGAUAUUAAGGCAGAGUUCAAGCGGAUGUAUGGAAAAUCCCUCUAUUCCUUCAUCAAGGGCGACACCUCCGGGGACUACAGGAAGGUUCUCCUGGUGUUGUGUGGUGGCGAAGACUAACAGCCAGCAGGCCCCUUCCCUGGCUGUCUCACUAGGCAGGGCUUCUGGCCCCCCCGAGAGCAAUAUCCAAAUAUCUGCAGCCUGCCACAGCAAUGCUUUUCUUGAAAUGCCAGCUUUGCAUCAUGCUAACACUGGUUUUGCCUGCUGGAAUAUAUAUAUAUAUUCAAAUAGGCUUGGGGAGUAUUUUUCCCUGCUUGGUAGCAUGUAGCUAAUAUGCUGUAGAGGAUGAAUGGCAGAAAUCUGUAUUUUCUCUAUCCUGGCUUCAGUCAGUCCCGUAAAAUGUUUUUGUGUCACAAACUGAAGGGCUUUACCUCUCCUAGUUGGUUACUUUUCAGUCUUGAUGAGUUUUCACAGAGUGUCCUUUACUGCAGGACCUUGCGUAAAGCCCGCAAAUGCUUUGUGUUGGGCGACAUGCCAAGUGCCUGAAAUGCUACAUCAGAGUGCCUUUAGAGUACUGGUUUAACCCUCAACCUUAAUGGAGUUGUUCUAUGUUGUAUUUUGUAAACACAGAGACACAGUUCCUUCACCCAGAUCCCUACAUAAAAUCCAGCCCUAGGGGCAAAAGAGUAAGACAGUUAACCGAGGCUCCAAUCCUGCACAUGCAACAGGGAGUAAGCCCCGCAGAAGACUGGAGCACUUACUUCUGAGUUGACCUAGGGUUGCUACUUACCUACUUCUCGGAGAGAAUACUAGCUUAGUACAUCUAGAUUUACCUAGCCUUAACUUGUGCUUCAGGUGCAUUAAUGGGUUGGUACUAAUACCCAUUUAUGAAUGAUUUCAGUUCAACCUGGACAUCCUUCCAUUCAAAUCGUAGGCUACGCAUUUUAGAAUUCCUCCUCUCCGUGAUGCGAGGAAUUUGCACACUGAACGGCUUCCUUGGAGUUGCAAACGGGCCCAUUCUGGGCCUUACAGGCGCAGCUGGGCCCUGAACAAGUGCCUUGCCAGCGGGCCUCCUUAGCAAAGAGGCUGUUUCUCACAAUUGCCCUCUAAAGCUGCUGCUGGCCAUCAGGGGAAAAGGCGCAGGCACAGACCGUGCCCCAUUAGAAGCAAAGGUCGGACAGCCCCGCACGGGCAGUUGAGUUUCCCAACUGGUUAGGCAGAACCACGAAGGAACACAGAAUCACAGCAAAAGUCAGGGAUGCAAACGAAGGCCAGUCACCUGGUCCAACAGGUGUGAAUCAGUGCUCUGCUCCUCCCGGAAUUUAACAUGCGCAUGCUUUGCACGUCAAUAAAGGGAAGGGCUACUGCUCUGUG